UGUGGUAACCCAGGGAUAGCCGGUAUAAAUGGCAGUUGGGAUCUUUGUCAGAGAACAGCCAUGAAGACGAUUGUACUCUAUCUGUUCCUUGCCGGGGCGCUCGCCGCCCCGUCACGUAGGAUCAGGUUCCGCGAAGGUAACUACAAAAUAGUAGGUGGAACUAAUGCCACGCUUGGUGAAUUUCCUUACAUGCUAAGCUAUCAGGACAUCUCUUACGGCGUGAAUUUCCACUUAUGCGGUGCUUCCAUCUACAAUGAAAAUUGGGCCAUCACUGCUGGCCACUGUGUUUAUGGUGAGAAAUACGACAACCCAGAUUAUCUCCGAGUCGUGGCUGGUGAGCUCAACUUGGAAAAGGAUGAAGGUACAGAACAAGGUAUUGUUUUGUCAAAACUUAUCUUACAUGAGAAUUUCGAUGAUUUCAACCUCUACAAUGACAUCGGCCUUCUUAAGUUGUCCGAGCCCCUUAAUUUCAACGAGUACGUCAGUGCCAUUGAUUUACCUGAGAGAGAGUAUACAGCCACUGGCGACUGCAUACUGACAGGCUGGGGCUCAUUAAGUGAGAAUGGCAAAAGCCCCGAUAUUCUGCAGAAGGUAACCAUCCCUAUCAUGACAGACGAAAAAUGUCGCGCCGACUAUAGCCAAACUGAUAUUCUAGAUAAUAUGAUUUGCGCUGGUUAUGAAGGAGGAGGUAAGGACGCCUGUCAGGGUGACUCUGGAGGACCUAUGGCUUGUAAUGACACUGGAUCGACCUACCUGGCUGGCAUCGUAUCCUGGGGUGCUGGCUGUGCCCGCCCACACGCGCCAGGUGUGUACACCGAGGUGUCACAUUUUAUUGACUGGAUCGAGAAACACACGCGUUAACUGAUCACUCUUAGAAUGUUGUUAAAUUAGGUCAAUGAUUGAUACCAACAAAUCUGUUUUUAUAAAACUGAAAUGGUUUGGUAAAACUAAUUUCGUAUAUGAAUAUAUUCAUUAUACUUAAAUCUCUAAGCGUGUAAUGUAUCUAAGCUAUUAUUGAACAUCAACCAUUAAUCUCAAAAACAACUAAAUAAAAUCAUUUUGUGUUUUAUACAUCACACAAAUUUUAAGAAUAAAGGGACAUUAUGAAUUAUUUCUAUUAACACACCAAACAGAAACACUGAAUGGAAGUCAGCUGAAUGUUAUACUCCUGUUGGUGGUACUGUAUGUAUUUUAUUCAUUAUAAUUUAAAAAAUA